AUGUUCACACUGAAAGAGACAGCAUCUUCAUCGCUGUCGCUACCGACAGACAACUACAUUUACUCCCUUGUGCCGUCUGCAGCCGGCGCCUUUGCCGCUAUCUCCUCGGACGAUUCUCUGCGCGUUUUCGAUGCCGCUAAUCUUAAUCGCGUCGCGGUGGUCUCCCAAAAGGCCCACGACGGAGGUGUCACUUCACUACGGAGCUAUGCAUCAGGUGAAUCACAGCUGCUGGUGACUGGUGGUCGUGAGGGAAAAGUGAAGCUGUGGGAUGUUCGAGCUGGAAAUACAGCGAUAGAGGUAGAAACAAUGAGACAUGCACCUGUGCUCUCUAUUGCAUGCAACCCGGAAACCAAUACCAUUGUCGCGGGUACAGAGCUCCUCUCGUCACAGGCAGUUGUCGCAUUCUGGGAUAUAAGAUCUCCACAGGCUCCGCGCCUUCAAUAUGUGGAGAGCCACAAUGACGAUAUCACAGAGCUUCAAUAUCACCCAGCCCGCAAUAACAUCUUACUUUCUGGCAGCACUGACGGGCUUGUUAAUAUCUAUGACACAACAGUGACAGACGAGGAUGACGCCCUGGUGCAGGUCAUCAACCAUGGCUCGGUUCAUCAUGCUGGCUUCUUGUCCGAGAGUACUAUCUUUGCGCUGAGCCAUGACGAACAGUUCUCUAUUCAUCCAGCCACCAAUCCCGACGAUCCUGGGCAAGAACCCGAGCCAGUAGAGUUCGAUGACGUACGAGAGCCAUUGAGCAUUGAGUAUGUUGUGCAGGUCUGCAUGGGUGGGCAAGGACCGUAUAUUGCGGCUGGCAACAAAAUUGAUAAGCGCCUUGAUUUGGUUCCGUUGGUCUCCAGUCCCGGCUGGCAAUUUGACCAGAAUAACCUUUGGCGCCUGCCUGGUGCGCAUGGUGAUGAGGUUGUGCGCUCGGUAUACUUGGAUGAUCAGAGUCAAUCAGUCUUUACUUGUGGCGAGGACGGGUUCGUGCGGGUGUGGAAGCCUGAUGGGGAUGAUUCGCAAGCCCAGGCUGGAUCUACAAAGACUUCGCGGAAGGAGAAGAAACAGAAAGAUCGGUUCCGGCCUUAUUAG